UUGGGGGGAGUCACAUGGUGGCGAGGGCUUUUAAAUCAGCGAGUGGAGCUUGAAGCCUGGGAUCAGUCCAUGUGGUGGAUGCCAAUGGCAACAAUAUGAGUGGGAUUGGGACCCACAACCACAGUAGUGUGACGGUGAUGGCGUUUGAUAUGAACAGGACCGCGGCUCUCACCACGGUCGACCAGGAUAUGAACGCAGCAGUACAUGGUAGAGUUCAACGUCUUCAACAUCAUCCUAAUGUCUCUAGCCUUGUGUGUUCUCACCAUCACUGGCCUGUUCUGCAGCAUAUCCUGUCACAACCGCAGACGGCUGUCGAAGAGGGCCCAUAUGUAUGAGAGUGCUGUGCUCCGUGACGUACCAGUCAACCCGGUGGACAUCAGAGCAGUCAAGAGAUCCGCCAGUUUCAGAAACCCUCUCUCAUUCUUCAGAAAACAGGAAGCAUCUAAGGACAACUCCAGAAUCUACUACAUCUACAGUAACCCUCUACCCAUAGGGCUGGAGGAAGAGGACAAUAUCCAGAAUAUCACCCCUGGUGGAUCGAAGGAGCAAGAAGAGCUAACCUUUCAGGACUACGCCAAUGAUCCCAAUAGUGGUAUCAUCCUGGACCCGCCCAACUUCUACAUGCAGCUCUAG